GAGGCCUCGUGAGGCGGCGGAGGCGGAGGCGGAGGAGGAGCCGGGCCCGCUAGGCCGAGCCGGGCCCAAUCGCGGGCCAGGCAGGGAGCCUGCGCCCCUCGCCCGCCGCUCCUCUGUCCGCGGGAGGAGGAGGAGACGCCGUUGCCGCCGCCGCCGCCCGCCUCCUCAGCCGCCAGUCCCCGCCGGCCCGUCAGCGAGGAAGCGCCUGUCCAGCCUCCCAGCCGCCCUGCUCGGUCUCCUCAGGCGCCACCAUGUGCGGCAUCUUUGCUUACCUGAACUACCAUGUUCCCCGGACAAGACGGGAGAUCCUGGAGACCCUCAUCAAAGGGCUUCAGCGACUGGAGUACAGAGGAUAUGACUCUGCUGGAGUUGGAAUUGAUGGAGGCAAUGAUAAAGACUGGGAGGCCAAUGCUGGCAAAAUUGCACUCAUCAAAAAGAAGGGGAAAGUGAAGGCUUUGGAUGAAGAAGUGAACAAACAACAGGAUAUGGACCUGGACAUUGAGUUUGAUGUGCAUCUUGGAAUUGCCCAUACCAGAUGGGCCACCCACGGCGAGCCCAGUCCUGUCAACAGCCACCCACAGCGAUCCGAUAAAAACAAUGAAUUUAUUGUUAUCCACAAUGGCAUUAUUACAAACUACAAAGACCUGAAGAAAUUUUUGGAAAGCAAAGGUUAUGAAUUUGAGUCCGAGACUGAUACUGAGACAAUUGCUAAACUUGUCAAGUACAUGUAUGACAACCGUGAAAGUGACGAUAUCAGCUACACCACAUUGGUAGAAAGGGUCAUCCAACAGCUGGAAGGUGCAUUUGCCCUUGUAUUCAAGAGUGUUCACUAUCCUGGUCAAGCAGUUGGAACCAGGAGAGGAAGCCCCCUGCUCAUUGGAGUGCGGAGUGAGCACAAGCUUUCUACUGACCACAUUCCAAUACUGUACAGAACAGGCAAAGACAAGAAGGGGAGUUGCAGCCUUUCCCGGGUGGACAGCACCACCUGCCUCUUUCCUGUCGAGGAGAAAGCGGUGGAGUACUACUUUGCAUCGGAUGCGAGUGCAGUUAUUGAGCACACCAACCGAGUGAUUUUUCUGGAGGAUGAUGAUGUGGCAGCUGUUGUGGACGGCCGUCUCUCCAUCCAUCGAGUCAAGCGCACAGCGGCUGAUCAUCCUAGUCGCGCUGUCCAGACCCUACAAAUGGAGCUCCAGCAAAUCAUGAAGGGUAACUUCAGUUCAUUCAUGCAAAAGGAAAUUUUUGAACAACCAGAAUCUGUUGUCAACACCAUGAGAGGAAGAGUCAACUUUGAUGACUACACCGUGAAUCUUGGGGGUUUGAAAGAUCAUAUCAAGGAGAUCCAAAGGUGUCGGCGUCUCAUUCUAAUUGCUUGCGGAACAAGCUACCACGCUGGAGUUGCAACACGCCAAGUUCUGGAAGAGUUGACUGAAUUGCCUGUCAUGGUAGAACUUGCCAGUGACUUUCUGGACAGGAACACUCCCGUCUUCAGAGAUGAUGUCUGCUUCUUCAUCAGCCAGUCAGAAGUAAUGAGUUCGGCAUGCUUAGAACCAGACAUGUGCAAGUUAUCCGGGGCAAAAUGUGAGACAGCAGACACCCUGAUGGCCCUACGCUACUGCAAGGAGAGAGGAGCCCUGACUGUAGGAAUCACAAAUACUGUGGGGAGCUCCAUAUCUCGCGAGACAGACUGUGGGGUUCACAUCAAUGCUGGGCCAGAGAUUGGGGUUGCCAGCACAAAGGCCUACACAAGCCAAUUUGUGUCGCUAGUGAUGUUUGCGCUCAUGAUGUGCGACGACAGGAUUUCCAUGCAAGAAAGACGGAAAGAAAUCAUGCGAGGCCUCAAGUUAUUGCCAGACUUGAUCAAAGAAGUCCUGAGCAUGGAUGAUGAAAUCCAGAAACUGGCCACAGAGCUUUACCACCAGAAGUCAGUCCUCAUUAUGGGCCGUGGUUAUCAUUAUGCGGCAUGCCUGGAGGGCGCUCUGAAAAUAAAAGAAAUCACCUACAUGCAUUCGGAAGGCAUUCUGGCUGGGGAGCUGAAGCAUGGGCCCCUUGCCUUGGUCGAUAAACUGAUGCCUGUCAUCAUGAUCAUCAUGAGGGACAGCACAUACACCAAGUGCCAGAACGCCCUGCAGCAAGUCAUUGCCCGGCAGGGUCGGCCUGUUGUGAUUUGCGAUAAGGAAGAUAUUGAGACCAUCAAAAACAACAAGCGAACCAUCAAAGUCCCCCACUCUGUGGACUGUCUGCAGGGGAUCUUGAGCGUCAUCCCUUUACAGCUCCUGGCUUUUCAUCUUGCGGUACUCAGAGGCUAUGAUGUUGACUUUCCAAGAAAUCUGGCCAAAUCUGUUACGGUUGAGUAGCGUACUCUGUCAUUAAUGCUUUGGCAGAUGUCAGCAAGAGACACUCUCUUUUGGUACUGGGACACAUUGAUUUUAAAAGUCCUUCCUUGAUCAAAUCUUAAUCCCCUGUUCAAGAGUCUUUAUAAUUCUGUUGCAUUUGUGACUGUUAAACGUUGAAUCCACAGGCUAUGCCAGCAACAUUGUUAAAUGAUGAUCAUUUCAAGGUAGUUUGUUCUCUUUAAAAAGUCAUAAUCCUCCUUUGUUGUCUAGCUGGAUUGUUUCAGGCCUCCAUAGUGCUGAAUUGCAUAAUUGUCUAAGUAUCUAUAAGACAUGCAGGCUCGUAAGAUCUUUCCAAGAAUGGAAAUGGGAAAUGAGAAGGUGGUUCUGGAAAUUGUAAGAACAGAGUGAGAAGCUAGGGCUGUGCUCUGCCACAGGAAACCAACUUUUCCCAUCCUGCAAGGAUGUUCACUGUCAUCAGAACUCACUGUUUUGAAGGGGCCUGUUUCAUAAUGGAUUUCUGCACCUCUCCAUGCAAUAAAGAUGGGAGUAGUUGGCCAGAGGAGGAAGGACCCUCACAUUUGGCGCUUGGCCCCUGGCCCUUUCAACCAGUUCAGUUUUGUGUGGACCCACCAUUCCUUGUCUGCACAAGCCCCACUCUUUCAUCCUCUUGAAAAUGCUGUAAGAGGAAAGAGCCCUGGUUGGUUGUUCCUGUAGAGUGUAGAUUGAGGUGGAGGCCUCUUUGUGCGUUCAUUUUUCUUAAUGGUGCAAAGUCACCAUAAGGUGGGUCACUUCCCCUUGCCUCUUUCACAACAUAGUAAAGACAUCCCUCACCAUAUAAGGAAUGCAGUCAGAAGAGAGAACUGCACCCCAUUUUUACCUCCUGGAGGAUGAAAAGUUGGGCGACCCUUGGGUGAGAGAAGACACAACUGAGGUCUGUACCGGUUCCCACUAAUGUUAUUCCCAGCAUCUUCUCUGAAGAAUCAGAGCAGUGGCAUAAAGUCCAUUUUAUUUGGAGGACAGCUCUUCAAUUAAUGAUCCCAAAUCUAUUAAUGUGAACAUGUCCCACAUAAACAUGUGGAGGCCAAGCUGCUAUUUUCUAGAGGUUAGGGGGCAGAUGGUGAAACUAGGGCUGAACUGAAGUGGGGGAGGGAAGGUGGUGUGAACAUGCUCUGUGUGAAAGCCUUUGCCCGCUGCAAAAACCAGCCACCCCUUGGCACUUUGAGAGGCGUCUGUGAAUAGGAGCAAAAAGUGUUUGUCAUUUUGUAAAAGCAAAUGCAUCCUUUGUUGCCGUCCGCCUAGGCCAAUUUGACCUAUUUUUUAGCACCGAGUUAUUAAUGAUAAUUGUUGGCAAUGAAUCCAGCAGACUGCAGAACAGGAAGAUGGAGGUGGAAUUUUACUCCACUUGAGUUAACAAUGCAGAGAUGUCUUCCUUCUCUCUUCUCUAGCUCUGCAUGAAAAAUCCUUUGAGAAAUGAAGCAGCCAUGUGCUCUGCCUAGUAUUAAGUUGACGUUUGUGAUGAAGGUAGUGAGAAGGGGCGUAAGAGAACAUGCAAUACAAUAUGAAGACCAAAGAUGAGCUUCAAUGCCAGACUGGUGUACUAGGGCUGAACAGGUUUGGAAACCACUGAUGGAGCAAACAUAGAUGGCAAAAAUCCAAGUUAUCUGAAUGAGCAGCCUCCCAGUUCCCUUGUCCUUAGGUGAUGGGACAGAGAUGGUACCAGAGGGCUGUGAAUAAGCUUCCUUGCUGAGGCUGCUUUCAAGGGCAGAAGAACUGUGGAAUGUACAAAAGCUAAGAAAUAUGGCAAAUAAGCCAAUUCGUGGAGCUCAGUAGAACACCAGCUUCUCUGCAUCCCCUUUUAUCAGUUAAGAAAUAAAUGUCCUAAUAGAGAGGAUUUAGGGAUGCUAUGAUGUGGGGGUCUUCUUGGGCCAGCAGUUGUGUGACCCUCUUGCCCUGCCUGAUAUAAGGACAAUGGGAUGAGGCACACGGUGUGUCUUGAGUAUUCAGAAAGCCUUGCACCCUGAUGCUCAGCUUCUCUUGUGCUCACCAUAAAAAUAUUACCUGCCAUUCAGUUAAAGGUUUAAAAUGGCCCAAUGUUGAAUGUUGUAGAGUUGUGAAGUAUUGUGUUAAACAAAAGUCCUUACCUUGCCAGUGGUUAUGCAAUGUCGGGAGGGGGGGCGGUUUUCUUUCAUCUCAGUGGAUAUGUGUCUGAACUGCCUGUCAUGCAGUGUAAAGGGAAAGGCAGGGUUGGAGGAAGAGGUUUCACUCCACUUGUGACUUGGGCUACUUUACAUAGAUGUAGAGCACCAGCGUGCAGGUCUUACAGUACAAGUUCUAACUGAUGUGGGAAGGUCUGCGCUCUCUUCCUGUGCAAGUUUCCAUGUGGGAUUCCCCCUCAUUUUGAACACCACGGUUCCAGAUGUCUGCAAGCCUUUUAACAACCAAGUGAGCUCAUGUAACUCAACAAUCCACCAGCGUGGUCUUCAACACUUCCAUUGUGGCCAACCUUGUUAAGUACAAGUUGCAUUAUGUUUCUCGUGUGUCCUGAAGAAGACUGACGUGGUUUACUACUGAAGAUGACAAGUGUGGACUCCGGCUGAUGAAAUCACAGCUGUGUGUGAGUGUGUGUUUAAAACUGGAACAUUUUUGCAAAAUGUUAGCCCUCUGUUUCUCUGCUCGUUUUCCUUUUGAAUGUAUAUAUACAGCUCGUCAUGGUUUAUGGGGACCACUCUUUACUAAUUUUGUGCUGUGUACUCUACACAGAUCAGAAUUUUAUCAUUUAGGUUGUUUCCUAGCUUACUUUUUUGUAUUUUGCUCUUUGAAUAAUAAAAAGUGCCCAACCUUACCAUGA